UUCCCACCAGUGCCGAGUCAGUCGCGCAUCCCGGAACCCCCCGGCUCGCAGCCGGCCCGUUCUGCAGGUUCUGAACUCAGCAGCCGUCCCCUGGCAUCACCGCUCCUCGGUGUGCCUGAGGAGGUCUGUGCCAUGCUGGAAGGGUCCAAAAACCGCGUGGAUAUGGCACUUGAGGACAUGCUUCAAUGGCCAGCAGAGACCAACUCAGAGGUGGACAAGUCAGCACCACCCUCAGUGGCUCAGCUAGCAGGGAAGUUCAAAGAGCAAGCAGCCAAUAUCCCUGGAAAAGAGGUGCCACCACAUAAGCCAACUCGGAGGAAACCACCCUGCUCCCUUCCCUUGUAUUCCCACAAAACUGAGACAAGUGACAAUGAUGAGCAAAAGCGGUCACCAAAUGCUUGCCCCAUUCCCAAGGUCAAGGUGAAAAGCUCACCCAUGAUUGAAAAGCUGCAGGCCAAUCUGGCUUUUGCUCCAGCUGCUCUGCUGCCAGGAGUGUCUCCCAAAAGCCCUGGGAUGAAGGUCCUGGUUUCUCCAUUCAGCACGCCUCCUUCAACUCCCACCAGCCCAGGGACUCAGUCCCAGCCCAGCGAGACACCAGUCAGCUUUGAUCAGCCCCCAGAAAGCACUCAGCUGCAGUUCUACAACAAGGUGCGGACGCGAGGGUCGAUCAAGCGCAGGCCUCCCUCCCGCAGGUUCCGGAGAUCUCUGUCCGAGUACGGAGACGGGGAAGAUCUGGGGGUCAGCUUGUCCUCUCCAGAAAAUGGUGCCAGGGAAGAUGAGGUCUUUGGGCCCAAUGGCAAGACAGAGGUGGUGGAAACAAGGAGCAAAGAGGAAAAGAAAAAGUCAGGGUCUGAUGAGAAGCCGGCAUCAAGGACAGGAUCCAGCAGAUCAGAGGAUGAAGAAAAAGGUAGCAAAGAGCAGAAGAAACAGGCAGAGUCUGAUGAGAACCCCCCAUCAAGGAGAGAAUCCAGUAGAUCAGAAGAUGGGGAAAAAGGGGAAAAACAGGCAGAGGAAAUUACUCCUUGCAAGAAUAACACAGGGAGUACAAAGGAGGAGGAAGUGUGUCAUGAUGCCCCGGGAGAGAACUCUCCUCAGCCUCCCCCUGGAAACAAUGAGAUGUGUGACAGUCCCCAGGGAGAAGAGCAGCAAAGCACUGCCUGUGAACAAGGAAAGGGAGACAAGGAGAAGGAGGAAGCUGAAGCUGAAACAAAGGAGAGCAGUGAGAGCACAGACACACAGAAAACAUCAGACAGUGAAGAAGCAGCACUGGCAGCUGACCCACAGCAGGAUGCAGUGGGAUUAGGGACUGCCAGUGAGCCUUCAGUGUCAGUCACGCAGGACCAGGGCACAGCGUAGCUGUGACACCACAGGACAUACCCAAUCAGGGCAGAGGAGAUUUAACAUGUGGAUAGGAGCCACCUAACCAAAUCGAGAUGGAAACUACUGGAAAACCUUCAGUGGCAGGAGAGGAGCAGAAUGCAGAAAUCCCCUGAGGUCCAGACUCCUCACAGAACUGAGUGGCCACAUCAUAUUUUGGGACAGCUGGAAAAAGAUACUGUUUGCAAUCUCUUUCGAGUUCAAGACUCAAGUGUUGGCUGGCAUUCCUUGGUGAUAUCUGGGGACUAAGAGACCUGAUACUUGCUGUCCUGGAGCCAGCUGCCACCACCACUCAUGGUCCUCCUGCUCCAAAAUGUCUUUUUCUCCUCCCCUGCAUUGGUCUCAGAUGAAGUUCAUCAGUUACGUACAUACAUACACGUAUGGUGCCUUUUUGGUAGCUUCUUUUAAAGUACUUUGGGUUUUAAACAGUAUGUUUUCUCCAUAUGUGCUAUAUGGCAGACAAUGUGAGCCCUGAACAUGGGGAAAACUCCUGGAACAUUGAUCAUAAAAAUACAUAAAUAUAAAAUAUAAAAAUAAAAUCCCUUUGGAGUGGGGCUGAUCUGUGAAACAGCCACCUGUGGUAGGCUGGUAGGUCCUGCAUGCUUCAGCUUUGGGGUGCUUUCAGUGUGGUGGAAAAUGACAACCAGCAGAUUGUGUGCAAAGAAAAGAUGUGCUGAGUAGGUCAAUAGGGCAGGUUCUCUUAUCUGGCUCUGGGCUCCAUUCCAGAUUUAGAAGGGCUGCUUGUCCAUCAGUCUUUCUCACUUCCAAACUCUAUCCAGUCUGUGAUGAAACUUCUGGUGUGUGGCCACCAAGAGCCACUCAUUAUAGAAAGCAUCCCAGCUUCCUGGAAACAGCCAAUUAAUUUUGUGCAGGUCAAAGAAGAAGUCCUAGCUGGCUGAGUUUCCAAUGGAGUUGCCAGGCUGAAUUGGCCAAGCUCAGGCAGCCAGUCCCUCCAAAGUACUUAGGCACUGGACUAGAUUUGCAUUCACUCCUGGGCUACUAAAAGUCAUGGGCUAGCAGUCACUGUGAUUUUAAUCCGGACAGUUUUUGGGGAAGGUGGAUGUCAGAUCUCACUUGACCAGUUUCCUGACAGCAGUGCCUGAAGCUGUGUUGUCCACACGGAGCAAACUGUCCACCCUGUGACACGGACUGAGGCCACACUUGCUGAGAGCCAGCAGCACUUGCCCUCCUGAAUUACCGUGAGCAAACACGACCUGCCCACCCUUUUGAGCCAUGCUGUGGAGCACUGUUGCCUUUGAGUCCACUUUAAUCUGCUUGCUCUAGCUUGUGUUGCAGGGCAGGCUGCGAUCAUUGGCUGUCCCCCGUUUCUUCUCUCAGCAGUGUCCCAUGUGGAUGUGAGUGGUUGUGCCUUACUGAACAUACAGAUAUAUGUGUGCCUGUGUAAAGAACGUGUAUGUGUGUCCCCAGCACGGGAAUGGAAAUCCGAGGGAGAAACGGAAUAAAUAAAUGGUGGAAUGAAACCAAAACAAAAAUCCGCGUGUUUUCUUUCCUCCUGGGGAGAUGAAGAAGCCCAAGGAAGAAUGGACAGAACUGGUAACAGCAGGCAAAAAAGGGGUGAGAUUCCCACUGGCAUUAGGACUUCAAAAUUUAAAUUUAAUAUGAGAGAGCCACUACUGAGGAACAGGGAGGAAUAAGACUUUUUGAAAAAAGUCUGGGAUGCAGAGGCGAGGAAACAUGAGGAUGUCAGGAAGCAUUAGCAGGACAGAGCACAUCAGGGACAAGCGGGAUUCAAACUGUGAUAAUUGAUAAAUAAUUCGUGUUAAUCAUAUAAGUUUUGGAGUUUGUAUA